UUAAUAAUCAAUGCUCUUCCCCACCACUUCAAUUAUGCACGUUAAGAUAAGGGACAACCUCCUUAAAACACAUUACUUUUUCUCUCACGUUGAUUAAAAUCAGUAAAUCACAUAAACUAGUUUUUCACAUCGAAGCCAAAUAAAUCGUGCUGCUCCGCUCAGUUCAUGAUCAAUAUUGUUCUUAGGAAAGGAUUUCAGAACAGAUUUUGUUAUUUUGAUUCCGAAACGAUGACAGAAACAGGGCGUGAAAUGGCUCCUUCAACAAACAGUCUGAGGAAACUUUUUGAAAAUCGAUUCGAGAACGAAAGGAUUGAAAAGUUCGAUGGUCAAGGACAACUCGCUCUAAUUGUUGCCCAGUUUAUGAUAAAAAUGUGCGACGAAGAUGCUGAAGUAAUUGCUUUGCUAAAGAGAAUUGACGAUUUGGCGAGGAAUUGCUCAGGUUCCAGCCAACGUAGUGAAGAAUACAGAAACUUUUCCAAAAUGUUUAGCUUUUUCAUGACGGACCUUGAAGUAUUCUUUAGAGUCCAGAAUUCCAUGCGGACUCCCAUUAAUCGUAAUGAGCUUGUUGCGGUCUUCAUUGACCUUUUCCUCGAAAUUUUAGAAGAAAUACUUCGCCUUCAGCCAACUUUCAUUCGUCGUGUCGAGGAUUCAAUUAAAACUCUUAAGAUGGAGCUGAAAUUUCUGAUCACCUUUGUUGGGGACACACCAUCUCAGCCCACUGAAUUCCAUACAACCGAGGAUGUAUUAACAGAUAUUGAAGUUGCGGCCAAUGAUGUGGGACGUUUCUUAUAUACUUUCUUUUUCAACAGAGACCGUAUUUCGGUGACUGAUAUGAAUCAGAAUCUUUCGCAUUUGUUGGAAAAUCUGAAGCUCGUGACAGAAAAGAUAAUAGCACACUGCAACACAAUCCUGCCGACGUUACCAAGUUGUAGGACCCAAAAUACUGAUGUGGUUUCGCUCUUUCUUGUUGAUUCAAGUCUAGACGAUCUCAAGAAUGUAAUGAAUCACAAAGAUGACAGGAUUGUUUCUGUGAAGGCCCAAAUUCAAAUAAUUCAUCAUCAGCUAAUGGGCUUGCGAACCUCGCUUGCAGGCAUAGGAGAAACGAUAUUCAGAACUUGAAGAGUUUUUUAUACGAAUUAGAGACAUAGCAUAUGAAGUUAAAUAUGUUGUCAGCUCAUUUUCUCCAGUGCAGUAUCUCACAAUCAGGCUUCCUCAAGUAAUUGAGAAGAUUAAGCUUGUUAAGAUACAACUACAGGAAAUGGAGAAGAAAUAUGAUGCUGGACUGCUAAAGGAUGAAGAAUAUCCAAGGCAACAAAUGCUAUUGCAAACUCAAACACCUGACAAAGGAGACAUUGUUGGCUUAGAGGAUGAGGUGGACAAAAUUAAAGAGCGACUUCUUCGAGACACAAAGCAGCUACAAUUUAUUUCCAUUUUUGGGAUGCCAGGACUUGGCAAGACUACUUUGGCGAAGAAACUAUAUGAUGAUCCCUCGAUUGUUCGACAUUUUGACAAGCGGGCCUGGUGUGUUGUCUCUCAAAAUUAUCAAAUUAGAAAUAUCUUAAUUGACAUCUUGACGUCAAUGGAUGUCCUUAACGAAGAUGCAAGGAAGGUCGCGGAUGAAGGUACAUUGGGUGAAGCACUUCACAAAUGUUUAUUGACAAGUGGAAGAUACAUCAUUUUCAUAGAUGAUCUAUGGAAUGUGGACGCAUGGAAUCAACUUCAAACAUACAUUCCAGACGGUAGAAAAGGAAGCAGAAUAUUGUUCACCACUCGGGAUGAAGAUUUUGCUUCCGAAGCUUCAAAUUUUUCCAAAGCUUCACUCAUGGAAAAUAAUGCUCUUAAAUGCUUGACUGAUGAAGAGUGUUGGCACUUAUUGCAGAGGAAGGUUUUCCAACAAAAUUCAUGCCCUGAAAAUUUGAUAGUCGCUGGAAAGGAAAUUGCAAGAAAAUGUGGUGGAUUACCACUUGCAGUUGUUGUCAUAGCUGCAGUUCUCACCAAUAUGGAGAAGGAACCAAAGUUAUGGGAGGAUGUUGCGAAAAGAAUAAGUUCACACAUGGCUAAAGAGUCAAACAAGUACAUGAACAUACUUAAGCAUAGUUACUAUUCUUUACCUAUGCAUUUGAAACCAUGUUUUCUUUACUUCGGAAUUUUUGAGGAAGAGAGGGAAAUUGAGGUCCGGAAGUUGAUAUCACUAUGGAUUGCCGAAGGGUUUAUCGGGAAAGUAGAGAAGAAUAGAAGGGAGACUGUAGCACAGAUGUACCUGGAACAUCUCAUUAAUAGAAGCCUGGUACAAGUUGCUCAAAGAAGGCGUGACGGAGGACUCAAAACUUGUCGUAUACAUGACCUAUUACGUGAUAUGUGCCUGCGAAUUGCUAAAGAACAUAAAUUUAUGAAGGUGAUCCAAAAUAGACUGUCGAUAUAUGAGCAAUACCAACGCCUAAGCAUUCACUCUCGCUCAAUUCCUUCUUUUUCGAGACCGUUUGGACUGCAUGUUCGAUCCUUAUUAGGACAUUUACCUGAUCCCUCCACAUUCAUCUUUGGCAACUUAAAACUUCUUAAGGUAUUGGAUUUGUCAAGCAUGGACUACAGAUUUUAUAAUUCUACACGAGUAGAGCAUUUGGUUCUCUUAGGGUUCUUGGCAGUUUCUUCUAUACCAUCAUCAAUAGAGAAAUUUGAGAACCUAGAAUUUCUUUUUGUGGAUAAUAGCGAAAUAGUUGAAAUACCAGAGAACCUUUUCAAUAUGGUGAAGUUAAGACACGUGUAUUUCAGUGGUGGUGCACAAUUCAGUAAAUCCUGGCGUGAGCGAGCAGCUAAGGGUGAGACAUUCCCAAAAAGUAUCCUACAAAGAAUUUCUUAUAUUUCCAUUGAUGAUGAAAAUGAUGAAAAAAUCUUGAGAUACUCACCUAAUCUCCGAAAACUGAAAUGCACUUUUGCAGUAUUUUUUGAUUCAUCAGAAAACAACUAUCGCUAUCCUAUCUUGAAUUUCCUUAGUCAGCUGGAAUCCCUCAGCAUAUAUCUUCGUCGGAGUUAUGUUAUAGAUAACCCCUGUCUAGAUUUGACCGAUUUACCCUCGAAACUAAUAAGGUUGACUCUCAGUAACUUUAAUUUAUCUUUGGAGCAAAUGAAGAUGAUUGGAAAUUUACUUGAUCUAGAGGUUCUCAAGUUACGAGAUGGUACCAUUGAGAGAAAAAGAUGGGACACAAGUGAAGGUGAAUUCAAAGAACUCAAAUUCUUGGAACUGGAUGAAGUACAAAUUGAACAAUGGAAUACUUCAAGCGAUCAUUUUCCUAAACUUGAAAGAUUAGUGUUGCGAAGCUGCCAACUUUUGGAGAUCCCUUCUGAUAUAGGCUUUUGUGAUCAUCUACUAAAGAUUGAGGUACAUGGUUGCGAGGAAUCUGUUGAACUCUCCACUUUGAAGAUUAAAGAAGAGCAAGAAGAUUACAGAGAUGAUCUGGAAGUCAUUAUCUCCCACUCCCGAUAAGAGUCUUUCUUACGUAAUUUAUUUUUGUAAAUUUUUUUUGGAGGUCUCUUCUCUCGACAUUCAGAUUUAACAUUAUGCACUGUUUUUAUUUCUUGCAUUUUCUGGUGUUCAUCCUCAUUUGCUCAAUUACUACAUUAUUUGUACUGAAAAGGAUGUUAAACGUUAUUUGUUGAAGCUUUAUUGAUGAAUAACAUUUGCUCAGUCACGACAUUUUUAUGUAUAUA